AUGGGUGUCCAGGAAGUUCUCUCCCGCAAGACCGGCGUCAUCGUUGGCGAUGACUGCCUCAAGCUCUUCGAGUACGCUCAGAAGAACACCUUCGCCAUUCCCGCCGUCAAUGUGACUUCUUCGUCCACUGUUGUGGCUGCUCUUGAGGCUGCCCGUGACAAGAAGUCUCCCCUUAUCCUCCAGAUGUCCCAGGGCGGUGCUGCCUACUUCGCUGGAAAGGGAGUUGCCAACGGCGCCCAGGAGGCCUCCAUUGCCGGUGCUAUCGCUGGAGCCCACUACAUCCGUUCAAUUGCUCCAUCUUAUGGCGUCCCAGUUGUCCUCCACACCGACCACUGUGCUAAGAAGCUUCUCCCAUGGCUCGAUGGCAUGAUGGACGCAGAUGAGGCUUACUACAAGGAGCACGGCGAGCCUCUCUUCUCCAGCCACAUGAUCGAUCUCUCCGAGGAAGAAGUUCAGUGGAACAUUGACACCACCGCCAAGUACCUCAAGCGUGCCGCCCCAAUGAAGCAAUGGCUUGAGAUGGAAAUUGGUAUCACCGGUGGCGAAGAGGACGGUGUCAACAACGAGGAUGUUGACAACAACUCUCUCUACACCCAGCCAGAGGAUAUCCUCAACAUCUACAACACCCUGGCUCCCAUCAGCCCUUACUUCUCCAUUGCUGCCGGUUUCGGAAACGUUCACGGUGUCUACAAGCCUGGCAACGUCAGACUGCACCCUGAGCUCCUCUCCAAGCACCAGGCUCACGUCAAGGAGAAGACCGGCUCUUCCAGCGACAAGCCCGUCUUCCUCGUCUUCCACGGUGGCUCUGGAUCCUCCAAGGAGGAGUACAAGGAGGCCAUCAGCUACGGUGUCGUCAAGGUGAACUUGGACACGGACCUGCAGUACGCCUACCUCAGCGGUGUCCGUGACUUCAUCCUAAACAAGAAGGACUACCUCAUGACUGCCGUCGGCAACCCAGAUGGCGACGACAAGCCCAACAAGAAGUACUUUGACCCCCGUGUCUGGGUACGUGAGGGUGAGAAGGCCAUGUCCAAGCGUCUCCACGUUGCAUUCGAUGACUUCAACACCACCAACCAGGCGUAA